GUUUUCCUCGCUUGUCUGUGGGUUGAGUUUUAUGAUCGUAAUAUUAACCGGAACUAACCUAAGCAUUUUUUUACACUGAUGAUAUCAGCCUUUGGUAUGUUGUCGUGAUGAGAGUUUGCAAAUUUCACUCGCAUUCUACGAAGCUGAGCACGUUAAAGUAUUUGUUUCCAUGGUCACGAGGGAAUACACCUUCUCCAUUGAAACAAAACCCUGGCACUGAAGCAGUGUUCUUUGUGAGACGUUGAACGUAUUCGAUAUUUUGUCUGCUACUGGAUCGUACCAGACAUACCCUCACAAACAAGUGGCAAAAAAAGAUCUUUGUAAUCUUAGUUUUUCUGCAUAUAUAGUGCCUAAAGGUUCUAUGAUCUGCAACAGGAAACUUUUCCAACCAUAAACUUUACCAGCUUCGUAUAUCAGUUAAUUCUGGGCAUUUGAUACUAGUAAAACUCUGUUCAGGCGAAAAAUUAACAAUAAACAAAGCCCGUUAGGUGGGGCAAUUACUGAUUUUUCCGUGUCAUUGCUCACAUCCACAUAUUUUAGAUACAUCUGGGCGCAAUUAUUUCUUGGCAAUUAUGAAGGUUGCCCAUCAAAGCAUUUCUUCUGUGGUUGAAUUUCCAUAAACAUCAUUUUACAGCCUUUAUUAAAAGUCUGGAGGGAAAAUGAGUGAGAAAAAAACAAUCCUAAGGCCUGAAACUGAACUUGUUUUUUAAAGUUUUGAAACGCCCUUACAAAGUGAUUUUUAAGUUCAUCCUGAUUCCCACUGCCAUGAGAGAAAUAAUGGCGAAGGUUUGGUUUACAGUCGCACCUCCAUUAACGACAACAUUAACCUCUCUACAAUGGCAACCUUAUAUAGCUUUCACAGCUUAAGCUUGUUUAAAUAUACUUUGAUUGACAUCUACAUCGUACAGGACUUAAAGUAGGGGUGGCGAAUGGUAGCUCGAAAAACGUGGGUCUUGGAAAAUUUUGGGCAGGAUCUCAAAAUUUCGGAAGCAUUUUUGACAAGUCUCGAAAUCUCGUUUUUGCAUGGUUUGUUUUUACUUUUUUUGAGUCUCAAAAGUUUUUACCAAAGAGUCUCGGGCUCGGAUUUCUAACUAGGGUCUCGGCGAGUCUUGGAUUUUACCAUUCGCCACCCCUUAAAGUUAAUGGCCUUCAAGUCAUGAAUAGUUGCGUACCUCCAACUCAGUUUAUUGUAAGCUACUUUCCCCCUAAGUCACUGAAUUUGAGAUGCUAAGGCUUUUAUUUUUUAACGCUUACAGGCCGACCAAUUAACAGAGGAGCAAAUUGCUGGUAGGUGUUAUCAGACCUGCAUUAAUAAUUAAUGAAUCAAUUCUUGGUUUUUAUAAGACAUCACCAAAAUUGAAACUAUAAUUAAUUAUCAAGCCUCCUGAGUUUCACAAAUGUUUGUUCACAAAACGUGGUAGUGUCUGAGGUCAGAUCAAUGUGCUGAAACAAAAAAAAUAUAUCCUCUUGUAGAAUUCAAAGAAGCAUUCUCACUUUUUGACAAAGAUGGAGAUGGUACAAUCACCACAAAAGAGUUAGGUACAGUGAUGAGAUCUCUUGGACAGAAUCCAACCGAAGCAGAACUUCAGGAUAUGAUCAACGAGGUUGACGCUGAUGGUGAGUUAUUUAUGAAUGAUGAAUAUAUUGAAUAACUACCUUAAGGACCUGAUACCCAGGACCACAUACCUUGAUGUGACAAUAGACAUAAAACCAAAAGAAAGCCCCAGCUGUUUGAAUUCCUCACCUACUGAAUUAUUGUAUUAUUUUAUCUGGCAACUUGAAAUCUUAAUGCCAGCCUUGGUGUACAUGUACAGUAAACUUUCCAUUAUAAGCCCCCACCUCCCUCAUUAAAGGCCCAUCCACCUGUAAACAGAAAAAAUACAACCAGUUAUACCCCCUCCCCCGAAAUAUAAGCCCCCCUCUAUCUUGUAUUAAAUUGAUUAGACUUUUUGUAAGGUUUUAAAAAGCAAUCAAAUUCAAAAAGUAUUUGGAUCAGCACUGCUAUGUAGCUUGUUUUGAAACACUUUUCAGUCUGGUUGUAAGCCCUCCUAAAACCCCAUACAAAGGUUAUAUUUAUAAGCCCUAGGGCUUGUAAUCCAGGGUUCUCAAUAAGAGUCAGCCGCUGGUGAAAUUCCCGGGCUAUUUAACGUGAACUCACUGUGUACAUAUACUUUUCUUUGGAAAUUACCAACAAAAAAGCCAAAAUUUCAUGAUGCCUGUGUUCUGUUCAAACACUCUAUUUUUGCUCCAGAAUGCUGGAAAUAAAAUGCACACAGAUUCAACCCUCUAAAUUGCGACCAUUUUGGUCGCCAUGGCUCCUAAAAUUUUGGAGCUGGCAUCUUGAUUUGUAAAAAAGUCUCCCUAAACUAAAAGAGUUUGUUGCCAAAUGGCGACCGAGCAAAAAAUUUAACUUGGAAGGUUGAGAUUUCAAAUGUUUUCCCUAGACCCCCUAGUAACUUGUGCUUUUGACGCUUGCAAGUCGCAUCUGUGGCACAUAUUUUUUGUCCUUCUCCACCUACUCCAAAGCUUUUUUUUGCCUGUACCUACCUUAUUGAAAACCCUGUACAACUGUAAUCAGAAAAAACUGACGUUUCGAUAGCCUCUGCAGUAAGGAGAAGUUUUUCUGUCUGGUUUUAAAAGAAGUGAAACCUAGCUGUGCAUACCACCUGAUGAACAUUGCAUAGUUCUAAUCAAAUCACAGUGUAACAUUAGAAUACUAGCACCAGAGAAGGGGUCUGAAGUGACCAUGUUAAAAUAGACAGUCUCAUCUCUUGUAUGGGACGCGACUCACAGUAUAUCUUCAAUUUAGUCUUGCUUUGGCUUUGUUAUUAGGAAAUGGAACAAUAGAUUUUCCCGAGUUUCUCACCAUGAUGGCGCGAAAAAUGAAAGACACCGACAGUGAGGAGGAAAUAAAAGAAGCCUUUCGAGUUUUUGACAAGGAUGGCAAUGGCUUCAUCAGUGCUGCUGAGUUACGACAUGUUAUGACUAACCUGGGAGAGAAACUUACAGACGAAGAAGUUGAUGAGAUGAUCAGAGAAGCUGACAUUGACGGUGAUGGACAAGUCAAUUAUGAAGGUGAGGGCAUGUACUAUAAAGUAAUAACUCCAUCCCUUCCCCUU